GAGAGCACGGAGGGUGAGCAAACGGAGGGAGGGAGGGGGAAACGGCGUAUGCUUGUAUACAACCCUGAUUUCCAUUUUUUUCCCAACUCGUAAUGUAUUUAAUUCAAGUGAAACGUAAUCAUGACGUGUCGUGUCAUUAAUCUCCUCGCCGCCUCUCCCGAAUUUCUAGGAGGAGGCUACCUCAGACAUUUAUCCCCCCUCAACCGAGACACUAAAGGAUGGCAUAACUUCACACACACUGCUGAGGAUGGAUUCUCCACCAGAGUGUGUGUUGGCCCUUUCCUGUGAGCAUCCCCAGUCCCCCCCAACAUUGCCCUCUCUGGACCACAGUCCCCAAACCUCCUCUCCUCUACCUGACAGCCCUGUCAUCUUGCCGAUCCACAGCCCCGAACCCUCCCCGCGAAGCCCCAACACAACGCCGUACUACCCCCUCUCUCCCUUCCCCCUCCAAGAGGACAAUAACAACAACUGCCUCGAUGUUGACAGAGAAGAUUGUGAAGAGGAGCUGGAUGGAGUACCUCCGUCUCCGACACCUGCGGUGGCUUUGUUUCCGGGGGGUGGGGGUCAAGAAGCUGGACACAGCCCUGGUUUUGACUCCUCCCCACCAGACACACCCUCAGCUCCAUUUCUUGGGUACGGUGCCCUGGAGCUGGCCCUGUCCUCUGGGCCAACUGGAAACUGCGGCGAUGAGUUAGACCUCCAGCUGUUCCAAAAAGAAACGGUCACCAGAGCCGUACCUGGAGUUGGAGGGGCCUUGUCCGGGCCUGCGCUCAAGUUUCCCUGUCAUGUUUGCGGGAAGAGAUUCAGAUUUCAAAGUAUUUUGUCUCUUCACGCUCGAGCUCACAGUCUGGACCGAGAGCGCAGAGCUUCUUCCCUAUACCGGACCAGACCUUCCUCAUCGCCCCUCAAGCAUCAUCUUAAAUUUCAACAAAACCACAAAGACUUCAUACCGAAUCACAGAAGUCACGCCAACCAGCGUCUACUGCCAAGAACUCUCAUCCAGCACCUCACAGAAAAAGAGGAUAUUAAUGGUGAGGACAAAGGUUUAGAUGACCAGAACCCAAACUUUUUACUGGAUGACAGUACACCCUUGACCCCUCCACUGACAGAGGACCCUGUGCCUGUGAUCUCUCCUUACUCUGCUUCAGGCGAGGGCUCAUCUCUUUCCACAGCACCCACGUUUCGCUGCCACGCCUGCAAGGGAAAGUUUCGCACAGCUUCAGAGCUGGCCCGUCACGUCCGUAUUCUCCACAACCCGUAUAAAUGCACCCUUUGUCCUUUUUCUGCUAGCCAAGAAGAGAGUCUGGCGAGCCACUUGCAGGAGUGCCACCCGUCCCCGGAGGUGCCUGCUUUGACAACAGCCUACAACUGUAGAACCAUCAUUGACACGCCGGUGUCCACCCCGACAAAUACCCCAGCAACAACCCCGAGCAACUCGCAGUUGACUUCAGCUGCGUCCUCCUCACUGCCGGCCUUCCGCUGCGACACAUGUGGCCAGAGGUUCACCCAGUCUUGGUUCCUGAAAGGACACAUGCGAAAACACAAGGAUUCUUUAGACCACAAGUGCCAGGUGUGUGGCCGUGGCUUCAAAGAGCCUUGGUUCUUGAAAAACCACAUGAAAGUUCAUCUCAACAAGCUUGGUCUGAAGGCUGGAUUGGGAACCGCCGGGGUGCUUGGAGGUCUUGAGGAUCAGUCCAAAGGCUCUGCUAGCAGUCAGUCUCUCAACACUCUCUACUCAAGCCUCUUUCUGGCUCAACGAGGGGGUGGAGUCAGAGGUAGACAAGGAAGGUCUGCUAAGGACACUAGAGGUAAUACGGAGAUGAACUUAAACAAGUCAGCCGUCCUGGGAUAUCUUGGCUUGCCUAGUGAUGGCAGUGGUGCCAGCUGCAUGGAGAGACUUCAAGCCGUGGCUCAGGUGGCAGAGAUGGGAAAUAGUGGCAGCAGUGUACGCAACUCAGCAGGGGGAGAUCCAGCUAGUGGAGGAGGAACCAGCAGAGAAAGCACGAGAGAAACCCCAGCAACUAUUUCAGAUGGAGGGGACCAAGCAACCUGGUGGCAGCUUGUUGCUCGAAGCCUGGCAGUGGCUCAGCAACAGCAGCAGCAGAGGCCCCAGCAGCGAGGCCAGCGAUCUCAAGGUCGAAGUUCAGCCGUCGCAGAGGCAGACCAGGGCAGGGCCUACCGCUCCAGCCUGGAUCUGAGAGGGGAAAUGGGAGGGCCGUGGGAAUGCCCAGACUGUGGAAAGCUGUUCCGCAGCCUGCAGCAGGUGGUGGUUCAUGCUCGCGUUCAUGCUCAGAGGUCACAGAAAGGAGGCAGCAGCGAAGAGGAGGGGACUGGUAGUCGCAGAGCAGCGGGGCUUGGAAGAGGAGGUGAAGCGAGACCGGAACCCCAGCUCCAUCGUGGCGGAUCCCAACAAACGGGAGAUGUGAGACAGGAAUCAAAAGUGAACAGUGGUGGAUCACCCCAAGCAGGAGCAGYCACUGGGUUUCACUCUGUCAUUUCCAACUUCAAAGGUGAAAACGGCUUCUCGGCAGUCUCCUCCUUACACUCUGUUCCCAGCAGGGAGCGAGUGCGUGGCAGAGGGAUAAAAGACUGCCCCUACUGUGGCAAAGCCUUCCGCUCUUCACAYCAUCUCAAAGUGCACCUGAGAGUUCACACAGGUGAGAGACCGUACAAAUGUCCUCACUGUGACUAUGCAGGGACUCAGUCGGGUUCUCUGAAGUACCACCUCCAGCGACACCACAGGGAGCAACGCAAUGCCUUAUCGGCCUCCUCCAACUCCUCUGGUUUCUCUUCCACUGUCAACACUCUAACGUCCGGGACUUCUGGAUUGCCCAAGCAGCGUCGCUCACAACUCAAUCACUGCCCGGUCAGCCGAUCCUCGGCCGACACUCCCGCGUCGCGGCCCAGCCAGCAGUCUUGGCUCCUGGGACUUCCAGACCAGCAUGAGCAUCGUAAGGCUUUGGCAGCUCUAAGGGAUGUCGACUUGGAGACCCAGUACAGGUAUCUUUCUGGGGUGAUGGGGGCUCUUUACCAAGGUGGAAUGGAAGGAAGAGGCUGGAUCAGGGAGUCUCCUCCACCAAAGACCCCCAAAGUGUCUCGGCGUAAACCCCUAACUACAAGCCGGAUGGUUCAGCCACCUAGUGACAAAGACGGAACAGUUCCAUCCACUCAGGAUGGUGGGUUUGAACCUUUGGAUCUUUCCCGUCGCACCUCACCAGGCCUUGGAGAGAUGGAAGAGAAUGGAAGCAUGAGCGCUGGAGACGGAGGAGUUGUUUAUGGUGGAGAUGGUGGAAGCGAUGGUUUGACGGGGGUCAAACUUAGCCAGUGUUUGUUCUGCCCUUUCCACACCUCAUCAACCGAGCUGAUGGCCAUGCAUGUACAAGUCAACCACACCAGUAAGUCCAGGUGCAAGAGGAGCUCCUCAACUUUAAUGAAUGACAAUGGAGCCCAAAGGGCCGCCAGGCCACCGAUGGACAACUUGGACCUUGACCCUCUGAGAAUAUGGAGGCGUGUGAGUGACGGAGAACCCCAGAUCCCUCUGAGGGAGUGGCCCUCAGCUCAGGUCCAGACCCUUAAUGGGCACCCUGAACAUACAGCAGAACACCUGCACAACGCUCCUCGCAACCCRGAGUCCAUGUCCUCGGUAUCAAAGAAUGUAAGAGACGAAGUGUCUGUAAAGGAGAAGACAGAAGAGGACAAAGACGAACAGGAGGGGGAGUUCGAAGAGAACGUGGAGGACAGCAGCGUGGAGGAUUUGCAAGACCGUGAACUGAGGAUGUCUCUAGAUCUUUCACCAGCUCUGAGCUCUGACCACAUGGCAGCGGAGGAGGAAAGAGUCUUUACAGAUUAAAGUUUUAUUUAAACUGGAGCGUUAGGUUCAAUGUUCUGAACUCUACAUGGCACAGAAUCGAAUACAGGAAGUGUGGCAGAGAUGAUUAUUUGAAGCUCUGACCCUUCACACUUUUGUUUUCCAAAAAAAAAUGUCUUGAAUAUUCAUUUUCCAGAAGAAGAUGGGGUGUGGGGAAGGGGGGUCACCCCUGGCAUGUUUUAUUUGGCAUUAUUUGCCUACUUGAGUUUUGACUGUGAGAUCCUCCAGAAAAUACAGUCAAAUUCUGUAAUUAAAAAAACAGCAUGGAUGUUUUUUUUUGUAGGCCAAUUUUAUAUUUUACCUCCAUGAUUAACCCCAAAGUUGAUGUUUUGAUAACUUGUUUGAUAAAUGAAAAGAGCYGUGUUUUAGGGAUAUAGAGCAAAAACCUGCAUCAUUCCGGAGUCACGCAGACCAAUAAGUGAGCUGAAUAUUCCUGGCCUGAUAACAGUCCUGAACAGUUGGGCACCGUCAGCUUCCUCCUAAAACCACAACUCAACACGGGAGGAAGGUAUUAAUGCACGAGGCUCCCUCAGUUCAUAUCACUGCCUUGUUUUUCAACAAAGCGUUUCUCAAAGACUGUCCCUAAAAGAAAACCUGAAAGAAGAGUUUGUACAUUUUUUUUUGUUGUUAUCAGUUAGUGCCUGUUCAUGUAUGUUGUCAAAAAGAGUCUCUGACAGAUAGAUCGUUCAUUUUAUCUGAAUAUACAGUUUUAAACACUUUAAGUACAAUAUAUUUGGUAAAAGUG